CCGCUGCACCGCAACACCUGGCCGUGGCCCUGUUUGAUUGUUUGAUGCUUGGUUUUGCGACUGCCAAGCUCACGCGAGCGUUUGUUCGUUCUCAGGCCCUUCAUGGUCACUUCCGACCAGCACCACCAUAACAGAGGGGCCCUCCACGAAAAAACGGCCUUGGGGAUGGGACCGAGAACUCUGGCGGCCAGGCGACAACGGUUUGCAACUCUUCAGUUGUUCCGGUGCAUUUGACACUUGACGUCGCUGCGCGUAGUUUUGAUUGCAGAGGGACGCCCCAGCCUGUAGAUGCACACCCAUGCCUCCCCCAAAGCUCGUGCCACAGGCUUGAAAGCUGACUGACUGUGGAAGAAUCAUGCCGCAAUCGCUUGAGAGCUGGAUACAGAGACAACCGUACUGUGCGAUAACAACGCGCCAAGAAUGGCACGAAUAUGUGUAAUCUCCAAAAUGUGGCAUGUUCGAAGAAAAAAACCGCGCAAGCCUGACAUGACCAGGAACCCUACCGCAGCAGCGGGGUCAAAUUCCAAUGAGGGCCUCACAGUCCCCGCGGGGCGAAAGCCUCUGCCAGAAAACUGAGCCCCGCAGUCACGACGUUGUUCAGGGACGGCCCAGCCUCACGGCAGCUCGCCAGCUCAAUCUGCAUUCGGCGCACCUUAUCCCUAGCUCUUUCUUCAGCCUCUCGCGAAUCAAUAAGAGACAUCCGCCACCGUGUCUUGCGCACAUAGUGGAAUUCCACCAACGCCGCAAGCCACUAGAUACGAGAAUUUACCACUCUUUCUCGAUAGACUUCGCGAUUGCAGCGGUCACGGGAAAACUGUUUGAACAGUUCGUAAAAUGCAAAUACCCAGCGAGGACAGAAUAGCACACAGUCCAGGACGAGCAGCAUCUGCAUGGGUACCAACGGUAUGAACAAGAACCAGAAAAUCCACCAACCGCGGACCUGCCAAAGGAGAAAUAUAAUGGCACAGCCGAUGCCGCUAAUACAUACAUGAUUGCGCAGCCAAGCACAGAGAAAACUUUUAGUUUGUUCUAUCAACUGGCGUCGGCCCGUCUUGCACACCGCGUCGUACUUCGACAGUUCGGCCUCACACUCUUCGACGCUACGUUUACGCCAUGCUACUCUUUCGGCGCAACGCUUGAGGUCGUCAUUCGCCAACCGAACACGAUUUUCCUGUUCAGACACGGCGCGGCGCUGCGCGUCUUGCAUUACCCCAGCGACAACAGGCGUGGCCCUGUCCAUAAAAUGACCCAUAACACCCAUUGCACUGAUGGCAACAGCUUCCGCGUGCGGGGCGAUCCUCUGCGCUACCUCCGCCAUUGCUUCCACGAACUCUGCACCAAACACUUCACGAAACAGGUCAUUGGCUUGUCCGAGAUCGAAAUGCCCUGUCUCAUGCGCUGCUUGGCCGUACGCUGCUUGGUGAACUUCUCGGGACCGCAAUGAAUGGUCAUAACGUGCUCUAGACGCCGGAUCUUUCAAAACGGAAUAAGCACAACCAAUAGCCUGGAAAUCUAUCGUUGCAUCUCUGAUACGAUGUGAGUUCUUAUCCGGAUGUGCCUCAAGCGCCUUCCUUCUGUAUGCUUGGCGCAAGUCAGACUCGCUACAAGAUCGAGAAACCCCGAGCACCUCGUAAUAGUCGGGCAUUACAUAUAUGCGUGAAUGCAAACGAGCAAAAGAUGAUCAAUACAUAAUGCACCAGCACCCUCUGGCAAAAUGGGCCGACAACGAAGGUUGAAACCCCACUGGUGCUUGAGUCGGCGUGACUUGAGCCCAAAACUGUACUAACCUAGACUUCGCUGCGCCUUGCGUCUCUGUGGCUUGUCUGAGAUCGGUCAUUUCGUGUGCCGCCGUGGCAUGGGUCGCAUUGCUGCACGCUGAGCGUGCGCGCGCGUGGCACCUCUG